AUGACGGGAAAAGCGGGAGAAGCGCUGAGCAAGCCCAAAUCCGAGACAGUGGCCAAGAGUACCUCGGGGAGCGCCCCGGCCAGGUGCACCGGGUUCGGCAUUCAGGAGAUCCUGGGCUUGAACAAGGAGCCCCCCAGCUCCCACCCGCGCGCUGCCCUCGACGGCCUGGCCUCCGGGCACUUGCUGGCAGCGCGCUCCGUGCUCAGCCCUGCGGGAGUGGGCAGCAUGGGGCUGCUGGGGCCCGGGGGGCUCCCCGGCUUCUACGCGCAGCCCACCUUCCUGGAAGUGCUGUCCGACCCGCAGAGCGUCCAUUUGCAGCCGCUGGGCAGAGCUUCGGGGCCGCUGGACACGAGCCAGACGGCCAGCUCGGAUUCCGAAGAUGUUUCCUCCAGCGACCGAAAAAUGUCCAAAUCAGCUUUAAACCAGACCAAGAAACGGAAGAAGCGGCGGCACAGGACAAUCUUUACCUCCUACCAGCUGGAGGAGCUGGAGAAGGCAUUCAACGAGGCCCACUACCCCGACGUUUAUGCCCGCGAGAUGCUGGCCAUGAAAACGGAGCUUCCGGAAGACAGGAUACAGGUCUGGUUCCAGAACCGCAGAGCCAAGUGGAGGAAGCGAGAGAAGUGUUGGGGCCGGAGCAGCGUCAUGGCGGAGUAUGGGCUGUACGGGGCCAUGGUGCGGCACUCCAUCCCCCUGCCCGAGUCCAUCCUCAAGUCUGCCAAGGAUGGCAUCAUGGACUCCUGCGCCCCAUGGCUGCUGGGAAUGCACAAAAAGUCGCUGGAGGCAGCAGCCGAGUCGGGGAGGAAGCCCGAGGUGGAGCGCCAGGCCCUGCCCAAGCUGGAUAAGAUGGAGCAGGAGGAGCAGGGCCCCGACCCUCCGGCCGCGGCAGCCAUGUCCCAGGAGGAACUGAGGGAGAACAGCAUUGCGGCGCUCCGAGCCAGAGCUCAGGAGCACAGCACCAAAGUGCUGGGGACUGUGUCGGGGCCCAACAGCCUGGCCCGGAAUGCCGAGGAGCCGGAGGAGGAGGCCAUGGAUGAAGACAGGCCGGUGGAGAAGCUGAGUCCGCCGCAGCUCGAGGACGUGGCUUAG